GGCAUUGCUGAGGAAAUCGGAGCAAUUCAUUAACCGUGAAACAAGGAAAAUUGGUUAUGAACACCUGAUGACUUCAUAUGCUGCUAUUGGCAGUAAACACGAGGUUUAUCGAAUUUGGGAAUUGUACAAGAACGUGGUAGGGUUCUACAAUAACGGCUAUCGGUGUAUGUUAAGUUCAUUGUUGAAGAUGGAUGACAUUUAUGGUGCUGAGAAGAUUGUGGAGGAAUGGGAAUCUGGGAACAAAUUCUUUAACAUUCAAAUACCCAACUUGUUGAUCAAUGCUUACUGCAGGAAAGGUCUUUUGGAGAAGGCCAAAUCAUAUGUGAAGAAGCUUUCAGAGGGUGGAAAGGAGUGUUGUCGCACAUGGGCCCUUUUGGCUACCACAUAUCAUAUGAAUGAUCGGAUGGAAGAGGCAGUGGAAACAUUGAAAAUGGCAGCAAGCUCGGCAUCUCGACCAGGAUGGAAGUUUGAUAAUUCCACUUUGGCUGCUUGCUUUGAGUACUUAAAACAGAAGGGAGAUGUUGAAAAAGCACAUGAAUUGCUGAUAUUAUUCAGAGAAAGGGGUCAUUUUACAACAGAUUUAUGUGAUAAAAUUAGAAAUUAUAUUGGUGGUUGUGCACCCCCAGGUUCUGGAGUUAGGUGAAACGGGAAAUCGUAUGGAAGGGAUUGAUGAAGUUCAGGAUUGAGGGAUGCAUGUGAUAGUGCAGCUCAACAACGUGGGUAGCACCCAAAUAUUUAAGUAACAUUACAAAUCUAUGAAGGGUUUUUUUGGCAGCUACGAACCAAAAGGUGAAUAUCUAGACAAUUGCAUCCUUUUUUUCCCUUCUUAAUGCUUCAUGUGACUUGUUAACUGUUAUUUACAUGUAAUUUCUUUGGAGUAAAGUGACUUAAAGCACCGACCAGGGAAUGGUUUAUGGUGUUAGUAAUUAACUAUGUAUCUAGCUUUCCUAUGAACUUUCUCCGAUGACAAUCUACCGCUGUAAUGUCUGGAAAAGUAAUGUGGAGCUCUCAUUUUAAAUUGCA